AUACCAAGGAUUUUAGGUAUAAGUGAUCAAAUAAAUGCCAAUUAAACCACAAAAUGAUUUGAACAUAAAUAAUGUGUUCAAUUAUGAAUAAAUUUGGGGAUCAAAUUAGUAAUAAUUUUUAAAUCAUUGAGGAGCAUAAUGAAUGUAUUAUAAUUUAGGAGCCCUAAUUUGUAAAUUUAAAAUUACAAAAUCACUUCAUUUGGAAAAAGUCCGAUUUCAUCUUCAGCUGAUGAAAAUUGAAAAGUGAGAAAACAACCAUUGCAAAUUUGCAAUAUUGCAUAGUGCCGUGACUGCCGUCACCUACGGCUUUCACAGCACUAACACUCCCAAGUCCCAAGUCCCAAUUCCCAAAUCGAAGCUGCUCUCUGCCUCUCCGGCCUCCGCCAGUCCGCCGCGCUCUACGUCUCCUGUUGGCUGUGUCCUGCCGUGCUGGUUCAUCUCUGCCGAGUGUCGAAGACGAAGCACCAAGAUCUCACUAGUUCAUCGCUGGUUCAUCACUGCUCAUCUCUGGCUCACUUAGCACUAACACUCCCAAGUCCCAAGUCCCAAUUCCCAAAUCGAAGCUGCUCUCUGCCUCUCCGGCCUCCGCCAGUCCGCCGCGCUCUACGUCUCCUGUCGGCUGUGUCCUGCCGUGCUGGUUCAUCGCUGCCGAGUGUCGAAGACGAAGCACCAAGAUCUCACUAGUUCAUCGCUGGUUCAUCACUGCUCAUCUCUGGCUCACUUAGGUUUUUUGCUCUCAAAUAUGCUGCUGAUGCUGUUUGUACUGUCAUGCGUGUAGACCGGGAGCGUUGAACCAUCAAUGUUUGAGGGAGAGGCUUUAGCUUUGAAUGCUAUGUAUGAAACUAGAAAAGUUCGUGUGCCUGAACCAUUUAAGAUGAGGUCGGUCCACUUCCAACAGGGGGUUCAUAUAUCAUCAUGGAAUUUAUUUCGUUUGGUGCUUCUAGAAGUAAUCAACUACAAAAGCAUUAAACCCUAAAAGCAACAAAGGCGGGAUUAAAGCAUCAGCAAGCAUAGGGCUGAUACUCAGGCAGCUCCAAUCGCUUCGGCCAUUCAUGGCAUCGCCCUCCUCCAUGACGACGACGUCGUCUACCACUUCAAAACUCGUAUUCUCCGGCUGCUCAACCUCCUCCUCCUCCUCCUCCUCCUCCUCUCGUCGAUUCCUCCCAUUGACUACCGCCACCACCUCCUCCAAAUGCAGAGCUUUUCACUUCCACCGCCGCUUCAACCCCCUCCGUCAUGUCCAUCUGCGUCCGUGCAAAAAUCCCACAACUGUCUUCUCUCAAACUAUCAACCGUCCUUCGUUCAUUGCUGCUGCUAUGGCUACUGAAGCUUCUGCUAAAGUUAUUGAUGGAAAAAGGGUUGCUAAAGAAAUCAGAGAGGAAGUAGCAGCAGGAGUAUCUAAGAUGAAGGAGGCACUAGGCGUCGUUCCAGGGCUGGCAGUGAUCCUAGUUGGGGACAGGAAGGAUUCAGCAACUUAUGUUCGCAACAAGAAGAAAGCUUGUGAGGACGCAGGAAUUAAAUCUUUUGAAGCGUGUUUGCCUAAAGACACGGCAGAAGAAGAAGUGCUUAAGCAUAUUUCAAGUUUUAAUAAUGACCCUGCGGUUCAUGGCAUCCUUGUUCAGCUACCUUUACCUUCUCACAUCAACGAGCAGAAUGUAUUAAAUGCUGUUUGCAUUGAAAAAGAUGUGGACGGAUUCCACCCACUAAACAUUGGACGUCUUGCCAUGCGAGAUAGGGAACCACUAUUUGUGCCUUGCACGCCUAAAGGAUGCAUAGAAUUGUUGCAUAGAUAUGGUGUUGUUAUCAAAGGGAAGAGAGCAGUUGUUAUUGGCCGGAGUAAUAUUGUUGGGAUGCCUGCUGCUCUAUUGCUACAAAGGGAAGAUGCAACUGUGAGUGUUGUCCAUUCUAGAACAAAGAAUCCUGAGGAGUUUACUAGAGAAGCUGAUAUUAUCAUCUCAGCUGUAGGACAAGCAAAUAUGGUGAAGGGUAGCUGGAUAAAGCCUGGUGCAGUUAUUAUUGAUGUUGGGAUAAAUCCAGUUGAGGAUUCUGAAAGCCCUCGGGGCUAUCGGCUAGUUGGUGAUGUUUGUUAUGAUGAGGCUAGGCAAAUUGCAUCUGCUAUCACUCCUGUUCCUGGCGGAGUUGGUCCUAUGACAAUAGCAAUGCUGCUGUCAAAUACUCUGAUAUCUGCAAAGAGAAUUCACAACUUCAAUUGAUAUUUUCACCAUGACCUCUUGUCCCAAUAGGCAGAGGCCCUCCUUCAAACAAGUGCAGGUCCUUUGUUGCGACUUCCUCCCAUCUUCUUUCCAUGUAGGGCACCAAAAAUAAAAUUUUGUCCGCCUUUUUGCCGAGCAAAAUCUAUGCAGCUAUUAUAGAGAUGACAUAUAGGGAGUCCUUUGGAGCAAGAAGCAUCUUAUUUGGCUCAGUAUUUUCAAAUGAUGAAGAGCAAUUGGUCGAGCUUAUUAAUUGGUAAAUGAUGUGCAUAUAGACAGAACCGUGCAAGAUGGGUAUUUUAAGAAGGAAGCGAACAACAAACGAGCCAUGAGGACGCCACCCUUUUAGAUGAAAAAUAGGAUAUCCUAUUUUCAAGUUAAGAUUGCAUUUUUGUGUUCACUCUUUGCCCAUGAAGAGAAGCACUGGCUUCUGAUUUGGUAACAUUAUCAAUAUCAGGAUUAGUUAUAUUUACAUGCACAUUGUAUUCUUUCUUUGAUUUUCUGGUUGCAUGCACUUAUUUUGAAUUCAUCCUGCUGUCUACGUGAAAUUUUUAUUUUAGUUUCAUCAAAAUUGU